AUGAUUGUCUACCGAAAAAAACAACAACAAGCAAAACAAUUAACCAAUGAAGACAAGAAGACAUUCAUACAAACAGUCGUACAAAAAUUAUCAAUUAAAAUUCGAACAGCAACAUGCAAUCAAAAACAUUUUAUGGAAUCAAACCCUUCAUCGACUGGCGAUUUAACAGAAGAACAUGAACAAUUAAUUUUUGUCAAUAACCAAAUUAAUCAACCAUUGAUAGAACCUAUGAAAGUUGAACAUCAUUUUGAAGAAGUAACUGCUGUUGCUUAUCAUCCAACGAAUCCAUUUUCGUUUAUAACAUGUUCUGAUGAUUUUCAAGUUCGUCUUUGGUCUUUAUCAUUUGAUAAUGAAAUUUCUACAUCAUCAUGUUCAUUACAAAAUACUUAUCCUGUAAAUAAUCAAUCACAUAAUAUUAUUACACUUCUUCGUCAUCGUCAAUAUGGUUUAACAAAUCGUAAAUCAAUUCUUUCAUCAAUUUUUCAUACAAAAUCUUCAUCAAUACGUUUAUUAUCAACGACACAUAAACGAAAAUCUUCUUUAUCAAAUCAAACAAUAUAUAAUGAUAAAAAUUUAUUAAGUAGUCGAAAACGAACUGUAUCAGAAAAUGAUGAAAAUCGUCGUGAUAAUACAGAUGAAAAAACAUCAAAACGUUUAUGUCGUUCGUCAGAAUGGAUAUUUGGGGAUUCACAAUUAACAUUAUUUAAAUCAAUAUCAACUAUUGAUAAUCGUACAUCAAUUAUUGAUGAACAACAAACUACAUAUUUGUUAUCAAAAUCAGAUGGAUAUUUAUCAAAUAGUAAUAAUCAUAAUAAUCGGCGUUAUUCAUCAGAUAAACAACAAACAAUUGAUACACUUUCAACUCUUGUUCUUUCCCAGUGA